AUGGAAUGCCAAGAUGGUGGUGAUAAGAAUGAAAAACAUUUACUGCAACAACCUUUGGUGCGACAAAAUUCCUUGUACGGUCUGACACUGAAUGAAGUUGAGAACGAAUUAGGUGAGAGAGGAAAACCAGUGAGUAGCAUGAACCUUGAUGAGCUUCUAAAAACUGUGUACACUGUUGAAGAAAACCAUUCAACCAAAGCUGGUUUAUCCUUAACCAGUUCUCUAUGUAUGAAAACUGUUGAUGAGAUUUGGAGAGACAUACAAGAAAGCAAAGAGAACAAGUUUGAAGAGAGACAGCUUAGACUGGGAGACAUAAAAUUAGCGGAUUUUUUGGUGAAAGCAGGAGUUGUUGUUGAAGCAUCUUCUACCGUUGUUAAUCCUCAACAACCACAAUACCAAAUUCCACAACAAGGUUUAAUGGGGAUUUACAUGACUGGCCAGAACAUAGCACAAUCGUUACACACACGAGCUACUGCUACAUCACAAGAUAAGACCUUUGAGAGAAGACAAAAGAGGAUGAUUAAGAAUAGAGAAUCUGCUGCACGUUCUAGAGCAAGAAAACAAGCUUACACAAUUGAAUUGGAGCACAAAAUCUCCCGUCUGGAAGAAGAAAAUCAAAAGCUCAGGAGACAAAAGGAGAUAGAGGACAUAUUAUUGAGUGUGCCACCUCAAAAACCAAGAUACCAGAUUCGUCGAACUACAUCAGCUUCAUUUUGACAUUUUUGUACCUGUAAGGACAAAUUUGUAGAUAUAUGAGCAUGAAU